AUGCCUCGAUCAAGCGGGCAACGCCCAUUCUCACUUGACAGCGACCCGAUGGAGAAUAAUCUCGACAGUCUCGACGGCGCGGCGAAUUGGGCUCGGAGGUCGUCGUCUCCCAUGUGUGUCGACCAGACCACGUUGUUGUUGCUAUUCUGUCUGGCCCAGUCGAUCUGCCUUCGUCGUUCAGAUGCACCCCAACCAUAUCGUUGGGCGACCAGUGACCAGAUCUUCCCGACGGCCAAGGUGAAACCAACAAAGACGAGUGAUGCCAGUAUGAUGAGGACGAUGAUCGUCCCGACGAAUGCUUGGGGAGGGAGAUCGCGAGUUUUCAGGUGUUGCAGCAGUGGUGUUGAAUCGCCGACUGUAAUGUCGUGGGCGAGCACAUCAAUCGAUGGGAUUGGCGCCAUGUUUGACUGA